AUAUCCAGAAAUACCCUGGUUCUGCAAACCGCUCCCACCUCAGCACUUGCUGGCCAAUGGGAAAGGGAAGCAGGGAGUGUGCACAUGCCAUAUAAGAGAGAUGAUGCCCAGGUAGUGGAGCAUUGUACAGGUGAGCACUCCAAUUCUCAUGUCGCCACUCUUCACUGCCUGAGGAUACUACUUCACAGCACCAGACAAAGGACCUGACAAAGUUUGUCCUUAAAGCAUGCUGACAGAGUUAGAGACGAGGGCUUACGUGCCUGAGGUGAAGCUGGGUGGAUGUCGGGGUUCCUGGAGUGGGCUGGCCCCCUCGUCCUGCGCUGAGGUCGACCUUGAGGUCAUCGAGGAGUACCUGCAGGAGCAUUCGCUCGAGGUCCAACCCGCUCACACACCUUCAACAUCCAUGGCUGCUAACAUGGGUCACCAAAUGCACGUUCACUCCCACCGGGACGCCAGGAUAAUAGAGAACAGCUGGUCGGGUCAGCAUCCGUAUGAGUGGCGCUACGGCUGCCACACUCCAAACGAGGAAUACAAGGCGCCAACUCCACAUCCAGCCUGGCAGAGUCCACAAGACCAGUGGGAACACAUAACAUACUACGAGCCUACCAGUAUAUACAUUGAUUCAGACUCACAGUCAAGCAGUUCCCAGUACCAGGAUUACCAAGAUUCACCAUCACCACCCUCUGACAGAGGGGAGAGGAAGGACAGAAGUUUGCCUCUGGCACCACUAUCAGGAAAGAGGAAGGAGCGCCUGUUCCAGUUCCUGUUUGAGAUGCUACAGACUCCAUCAAUGAGGAGCUGCAUCUGGUGGGUCCAGUCCUCCUCUGGGACCUUUCAGUUCUCCUCCCAGAACAAGGAGAGCCUGGCGCAGCUGUGGGGUCGCCGGAAGGGAAACCGCAAGACCAUGACCUACCAGAAGAUGGCACGGGCACUAAGGAACUACUCACGGACUGGAGAGAUCCACAAGGUGAAGAGGAAGCUCACAUACCGCUUCGAUGAGAAGACACUGAAAGGCUUACAAGGAGACAGCAAAUUAGAGUAGCUAGUGUGUCAAAGAGCUCACAUCAGAAAAUCAUUGGACUCAUGUGACAUAUUUUGUGCAGAUUCUAAUUAUAAGGUAUUUUUAAUGACAAAUAAAUACUAAGUAUUUGAAAGGCCAGUGCAUUAACUAUUGACAGUCGGAGCUUUGUAUAGAUACAGCAGUGGUGUGUCAGAAGACUGAUGAAAGUGAUCCAUGCAAAUUUCAGGCUGUGAAUGAGAGGUCAGCUGGCAAACACCAAGUAAAUCUAAAAGAUUAUGACAUAUUCUCUACUUUAUAAGUAGAAUUUAAAUCCGUCUCUUAAUAAAAGUUGUUUUUCCUCUGUUUUGUGAUUUUGUGUUGCAGUUAAUGAAAAUAUGUGCGUAAACGUGCUCUGUUUGUGUCAAAAUAUUUUGUUCAAGAUAAAAUAAAUUGAAAAAGAGCA